AUGCUCAACACCAGGUUGACUUCGAGUGUUGGAAUCGAGAGCAAUUUCACCACCUUCGAGGCAAACAGUGACCUCUGGCAACAUUUCAGAAUAUCUUAUCAAAUUCCGGUUCUUCUUCUCUUGUCUUUGCUCUUUUAUGUUCAAAUCAAGUCAAGAACGUCUCCAGAAUCUCGACCUCCUUGCGAAAGAGUCAUCGAGCAAGCCGAGCGGACUAAUCGCAAAAAUGGACAUGAGAAUGCGGGCUUCUUAUCCAAAGAGGCUGGCUUUGCGCCUCUCAAGACUAUCACCGCAUUGCCGCCUUCUCACCACGUCUGGGAUCAGCUGUCUGUAGACCUGCCUCGUUUGGUGCAAAAUCAGACCGUCCGUGAGGCCGUAACCCAGAUGCCCGUGCUAGAUGCCUCUGCCAAAGCCUUGCCAGAUAUCUAUCUCCAACGGGCCGCAACUAUUCUCGGCAUGACGGCGCAUGUCUUUGUUCGCAUGCAGGGAAGCGAGCCACUGACUCUGAAAUACGACGACCACAGCAAUAUUCUCCCGCCCUCGCUCUUGAAGCCAUGGACGACGGUCUGUAAACGGCUCGGACGAGAUAAGCCAGCUCUGACCUAUGUCGAUGGCGUCGUUGCCAAUUUUACAUCCACGGGUGCGCCAUCGCCCAGCGAAGUGACUUUGGACAAUCUACAACUCUUGGUGCCCACCGUGGGAACCAUUGAAGAGCGCACGUUUGUCGGCAUCAUGAUCGAAAUCAAUGCCAAGACAGUACCCAUCUUGCAUGAAAUCAUCCAAGCGCAAAGAUGCGUUUUGGCGAAAGACUCGGACUCCCUCAAAGCCACACUCCGCCACCUACAUCAACAGAUCAAACAGGUCACUCGUAUUCUUACCAAACUGAAUGCAAACCGGUCGUUCAAAGACCACAUCAAUCCCAUCCUGUGGACGUUGACCGUUGCCAACUUGGGUAUUCCAUGGGUGCGAGGCGCUGUGGGAGCGGCGGGAACGGCACAUCCUUUCUUUCACAUGAUGGACGAGUUCACCGGGCGAUCAGACUACAAUACGGGCAUUGGAAAAGAAGCUCAAAUCGUUCGAGCAUCGUAUCCGAUUCACUGGCGCCAGUUCCUCGAGGCAGUCAAACAGGUCUCGGUCUCACAAUACGUGAAGGCGUCCAACGAUGAAGACUUGAAGCGUCUCUGGCAGACGGUGACAUCCUCAUACUUUGGCAACGAUGGCUUGCUUGGUUUCCACCGACGAAAAGUCUUCGGCUUCCUCGCGGUGUCGUUCCGAAUUGGCCGGAGCACGACAAUCAAUGGUCUGGGCCGCAGACGCAGAGCCGAACCGUGGCAAGAGGCAGAUCAGGAGUUGGAGAACGCACGACUGGAACGCGACAGAUCCGAUCAGACCGAGUCUGAAGUGAAAUUUGAUCCUAGUUCCAACCAGAUCUAUACUUCGCAGCUCAUUACGCACAAUUCCAAGGAAGCCGGGUUCUGGUUUGCCGCCAACGGCGCCGUAUAUGAUGCCAGUCCAUUCAUGCAGAAGCACCCCGGAGGCGACAUUGUGAUCGAUCUCUGCAGUGGACAGGAUAUCACAGACAGCCUCGUGGCGGUGGGACAUCUAACCAACCCGACCACUCGCAACAUCCUCGAGAAAUAUCGGAUAGGCAAGUUGGCACGGCCGAGGCUGACUUCUCCUGAAGAGAACGAGCUUUACCUUGCAGCGGUCGAUCUCGGUAAAAAGGCCGCUGAAAUGGAAAACGUCCAUCGCGCCAACUUCCAAAUAUUAAAUGGCAAGUUGACCAAUCUUGAUGAGCCGGGGAUUCUGACGCCCAAGAAGGCACGCCACCUCCACGAUGCAAAGAAGAGACUUCGAAGCGAGCAUUUGCCCGCGCUUGCUUCGCUCGUCGCUCUCGUGCUGGACAGUCUUGCCGAGCUCAACAUCAAGCUUGACUUGUUUUCUGCACGAACCCGGAUUCAGACCCUUCUCGGCUCGGAUUCGAUGUCGGGAGAGACUGUUAUGUUGUCAAAUUAUCAAGCGGCAGUCGCUACGCUACGUGCAGACCUGGCUGACCUGGUGGGUGUAAAAGAGCAUACCUCCAGUCUCUUGGCUACUUUGGAAGACUCUGAAUCUGGAAUUCACCAUCCAAGGUGGACAAAAGGUGUGGCUGACUCGUUGAACGAGAUUGUCAACCAUUUAGUCAAGCUUGCUUGA